UCUGUUCUUGUGGGGUGGCUUGGCUUUUGUUGCCGUUAGUGAUAAGCACGCCUGGCACUCAUCAUUUCCCUCCAACCCACCCUUCUUUCUCUCUCUAUCUCUAUAUGUUUUUCUCUCUCUAACUUUAAUUUCUCUACAGUCUUCACCUCGUUUUCUCUUUCUAAAACCUUGAUGAGCUAUCUUCUGCUUCUUUAGAGAGCCCCACUUUCCCCCUUUUUCUCUCCCUUUCUUUCUUCUCGACUUUUCUUUGGUCUGUUGAAAAAAAAUCACCGUAUAAUUUUCUCUGUCUAAUUUUUCUUCGUUAGAUUGGAUCUGGGUCGUGCUGAGAAUUGGAUUAUAUUCUUCAAAACCAGGGUAAUUUUACACUUCUAAGGAAAAGUUAAAGCUGCAAAAAAAGUAUGGCUGUUUCCAUGAGAGAUCUAGAUUCAGCUUUCCAGGGAGCUGGGCAGAAAGCUGGAAUUGAAAUAUGGCGCAUUGAAAAUUUUCGCCCUGUUGCCGUCCCAAAGUCCUCCCAUGGCAAAUUUUUCACUGGGGAUUCCUACAUAGUUUUAAAGACCACAGCCUCAAAAAGUGGUGCACUACGUCAUGAUAUCCACUAUUGGCUUGGUAAAGAUACCAGUCAGGAUGAAGCGGGUACAGCUGCUGUCAAGACAGUUGAACUGGAUGCAGCUCUUGGAGGGCGUGCUGUGCAAUAUCGUGAAGUCCAGGGCCAUGAAACAGAGAAAUUCUUGUCAUACUUUAAGCCUUGUAUUAUACCUCAAGAAGGUGGAGUUGCAUCUGGGUUCAAACAUGCAGAGGCUGAGGAACAUAAGACACGUUUAUUUGUCUGCAGAGGAAAACAUGUUGUCCAUGUGAAAGAGGUGCCCUUCUCCCGAUCAUCUCUGAACCACGAUGACAUUUUUAUUCUUGAUACUAAGUCAAAGAUAUUUCAAUUUAAUGGUUCUAACUCGUCUAUUCAAGAGAGGGCAAAAGCACUUGAAGUUGUCCAGUAUAUUAAGGAUACUUACCAUGAUGGGAAAUGUGAUGUAGCUGCCAUUGAGGAUGGGAAACUAAUGGCUGAUCCUGAAACUGGAGAAUUUUGGGGUUUCUUUGGUGGCUUUGCUCCCCUUCCAAGGAAAACUGGUAGUGAGGAGGACAAGACUGCUGAUUCUCAUAUUACUAAACUAUAUUGUGUUGAGAAGGGGCAGGCUGAACCUGUUGAGGCUGACCCUUUGACAAGAGAAUUGUUGGAUACAAACAAAUGCUAUGUUCUAGAUUGUGGGUUGGAAGUUUUUGUAUGGAUGGGAAGAAAUACUUCUCUUGAGGAAAGAAAGAGUGCAAGUGGAGCUGCAGAUGAGUUACUCCGUGGUUCUGAUCGACCAAAAUCCCACAUAAUUCGUGUAAUUGAAGGAUUCGAAACUGUGAUGUUUCGGUCGAAGUUUGACUCCUGGCCUCAGGCAACUGCAGUGGCUGUGUCAGAGGAUGGUAGAGGCAAAGUUGCUGCUCUUCUGCAACGUCAGGGGCUUAAUGUCAAGGGCUUGUUGAAGGCUGCUCCUGCAAAAGAAGAACCUCAACCACAUAUUGACUGUACAGGAAAUCUGCAGGUUUGGCGUGUGAAUGGGCAAGAAAAGACACUUCUUGCAGCUGCUGAUCAAUCAAAAUUUUACAGUGGGGAUUGCUAUAUUUUCCAGUAUUCAUAUCCCGGAGAAGACAAAGAGGAUAUUCUAAUUGGAACAUGGUUUGGAAAGCAGAGUGUGGAGGAGGAAAGAGCUUCUGCCAUUUCAAUGGUGACCAAGAUGGUUGAGUCGAUGAAGUUUUUGCCUGCACAAGCUCGCAUCUAUGAAGGAAAGGAGCCCAUUCAGUUCUUUUCAAUCUUGCAGAGCUUCAUUGUUUUUAAGGGUGGUCUUAGUGAGGGGUACAAGAAAUACAUCGCAGAGAAUGAAAUCCCUGAUGAGACAUACAGAGAGGAUGGUGUUGCAUUGUUCCGAGUUCAAGGUUCAGGACCUGAGAAUAUGCAAGCAAUACAAGUUGAUGCAGUUGCAUCCUCGUUAAAUUCCUCCUAUUGUUAUAUACUACAUAGUGGUUCUACUGUCUUUACAUGGUCUGGAAACCUUACAAACUCAGAGAACCAGGAACUUGUUGAGAGACAGCUUGAUCUGAUUAAGCCAAAUCUUCAGUCCAAGUCACAAAAGGAGGGUUCUGAAUCUGAAGCUUUUUGGGCGUUGCUGGGGGGAAAAUCCGAAUAUUCCAGCCAAAAGAUUGUAUGGGAGGCUGAAAGUGACCCUCACCUAUUCUCUUGUACGUUUUCCAAAGGGAAUCUGAAGGUGACAGAAAUUUAUAACUUCACCCAAGAUGACUUGAUGACAGAAGAUAUAUUCAUCCUCGAUUGUCACUCGGAUAUCUUCGUUUGGGUUGGGCAACAGGUUGAUCCCAAGAAUAAAUUGCAUGCUUUAACUAUUGGCGAGAAAUUUCUUGAGCAUGAUUUUCUCUUAGAAAAAUUGUCUCAUGAGGCUCCAAUAUUCAUAGUCAUGGAAGGCAGUGAGCCUACUUUCUUCACACGGUUCUUCACAUGGGAUUCUACAAAAUCUGCAAUGCAUGGAGACUCAUUCCAACGGAAACUUGCAAUUAUUAAAAAUGGUGGAACACCAGUUCUAGAUAAACCCAAAAGAAGAACACCUGUAUCAUACAGUGGAAGGUCCAGUGUGCCAGACAAAUCACAGCCGCGCUCUAGAAGCAUGUCUUUCAGUCCUGACCGAGUUCGUGUGAGGGGCAGGUCUCCAGCUUUCAAUGCAUUAGCAGCUACUUUUGAGAACCCUAAUGCCCGAAAUCUGUCAACUCCACCCCCAAUGGUUAGAAAGCUCUACCCAAAAUCUGUUACUCCAGAUUCAGCAAAUCUUGCUUCCAAAUCUGCUGCUAUAGCAGCUCUCAGUGCGAGCUUUGAACAACCACCACCAGCACGGGAAGCUAUUAUUCCUCGAUCCCUUAAAGUGAGCCCAGAGAUAGCCAAACCAAAACCAGAGUCAAACUCAAAGGAAAACUCAAUGACCACCAGAAUAGAAUCCCUCACCAUACAGGAAGAUGUGAAGGAGGGUGAAGCUGAAGAUGAGGAAGGACUUCCAAUAUAUCCCUAUGAACGCCUUAAAACAACAUCUACGGAGCCAGUUACAGAAAUUGAUGUUACCAAACGAGAGACAUACCUGUCAUCAGAGGAGUUCAGGGAGAAAUUUGGAGUGGCAAAGGACGCCUUCUAUAAAUUGCCAAAGUGGAAACAAAACAAGCUUAAAAUGGCUGUGCAGCUUUUCUGAAUCUUCCUCCAAACAACUUCUUCUUCCUCAGAUCCCUGCAAAUGGGAUUGCAGGUUGAAAGAAAGCUUGCUUAUAUACAUUGUGAAAAUCUAAACCGGGUUUCUCAGGAGAGAAAGGGACAGCACCAGUGCAUUUUUAGCUGCUUCUGCUCCCAAGAAGCUAAUUUUAUCCAUUGAUAAAGCAAACAAGAAUUCUUUUGUCCUCCCAUUUUUUAUCUGGUGGUUUGAAAGUCUUAGCAAUUUUUUUUGGGCUUUUUCUGGUUGAGUUAGUUGCUUGAUAUUCUUUAUGGUCACAGGUUUGAUUGAGCUUGCAAUUUUUUUCCUUUUGGGGUUUCAUUUUUUAAUUAAAUUCAAGUAGAGUGAAUAGUGCUUGCAAUGCAGACAAUGUAGGUUGUAUUGAACUGAACAACUGAGGAUGAAGUGUGUACAGCUGAGUGUAAAAACUAGUCCACUACCUAUCUGUUUCCCUAAUAAGAUGAGUGUGGAAUUUUGUUUUUGA